CCUGCUGGGCUGAAGGUGUGGGCUAUCUGGGAGAGAAGCUGGUAACUGAUGUCUUGCAGGAGCCCUUAGUAGGUAGAGCUCCCCACGGCAUCCUCUAGACCUCACUAUGUUCCUCUUCUCCCGGAAGACCAAGACCCCCAUCAGCACCUACAGUGACUCCUACAGGCCUCCUACCUCCAUCAAGGAGGUCUAUAAGGACCCACCUCUGUGGGCCUGGGAAACCAACAAGUUUGUGACCCCGGGCCUGACUCAGACCAUGCAGCGCCACGUAGAUCCUGAAGCCCUGCCGAAGAUGGUUAAAUGUGCUAUGCAAGACUACUGCUAUAAGGAUUCCAUACCAGGCCACCCCUACUUGCCUGAGAAAUAUUGGCUAUCUCAAGAGGAAGACAAAUGCAACCCAAACUACCUGUGCAGUGACCCAUAUAACACGUGGAGGACAAAACCUUACAACUGCACCAGCUGGAACAAACAUACUACAUAUCUUCCCCGGCUGCCUAAGGAGGCCGGAAUGGAGACAGUAGUUCGAGGAAUGCCCUUGGAGUACCCUCCUAAGCCGGAGCGACUCAAUGCCUACGAGCGCGAGGUGGUGGUGAACAUGCUGAACUCACUGUCGCGGAACCAACCGCAGAUCACGCCCCGCUGCGGGUGUGCGGACCCGCUGCCGGGCCGCCUGCCCUUUCAGGGCUAUGAAAGCGCUUGCUCCGGCCGACACUACUGUCUGCGUGGGAUGGACUACUACGCCACCGGGCUGCCCGGCACCGAACGCCGCCUACGGCCUCCGUGCGCACAGCAGCCAACUGAGUGUAUCGCCCUACGAGCACCGGCCCGGAAUGCAGUGUGCUGUUAUAACUCCCCCGCCGUCAUACUGCCCUUCUCCAAACCUUAGAUGGCUCACAAGCCAUUUCAAGAAGACCAGUGGUCCCAGAGAAACAACUAUGUAGUCCACCCUGAGUUUGUGUCUGAAACCUAUCCUGACUACUGCUGAUGGUAGAGCCUGGGAUGGCAGGGCCAAAGGGCUGAGCAAUAAAUAAACUCUUCACCGCAAAGGCUGCCUCCUGUGUC